AGGUCAGAGCAAAUCCGUCACUUCGCCGCCCGGAUCCGCGGGGCCGCCGCAGGCCGGGCCGAGCCCGGGCUGCCUGAGGUCGCCGCGACCGAGGACCGGCCGCAGCGCCCUCCGCCUCUCCUCGCCUGGCGGGUCUCUGUCCGGCGGGUUGAGCCGGGCGGCCGAGAGCAAUCGGCGCGCGAUUUCGACUGCCCAUCUUCUGAGGAUUAGGGGUCUUCCAUUCGCCCCCAGCAACACUAGUGCGCCCGCCCCGGUGCAUUCCCGGAGUGUGCCCAACCGGCUCCAUGUCCCCAAGCUGUUCUGGGACUUGGGCGCAGACCAGGGCCUGAAUAUUCUUUUCCUCAUUUAUCAGCCCUCCCCCUGUUCGGGUGCAGGUGGGCCUUGCCCCCUUUUCCCUCGCAGGUCCUGUACGGACUAAGAGUGCCUGUGAGGGGAGGGCUGUGCCUCAGCAUUUUUUCGGCGCCCAGCGGACUGCUUUCCACGCAGCAGGCGCUCGAUAAUGGUAUCAGUGACAGUAAAAGAGCCCAUUGUUUUCAUUUUACUAACGUCUUCAGCUUCUACUCCCUCCUCCUCCAUCUUCGUCCAUGAAAUUGUGUACGCUCCCUUUAAGACUAAAAUGGUGGCAGGCUACGAUCGGGACUCCACUUCCGGUGGGGAGGGGGCGGGACCCCAGCCCGCUCACGCCGGAAGUGGUUUGCGCUCUCAAGAUGGCGACUCCCUAUGUAACUGACGAGACCGGCGGCAAGUACAUUGCCUCAACACAGCGACCCGACGGGACCUGGCGCAAGCAGCGGAGGGUGAAAGAAGGCUAUGUGCCCCAGGAGGAGGUCCCCGUGUAUGAGAACAAGUAUGUGAAGUUUUUCAAGAGCAAACCAGAACUGCCCCCAGGGUUGAGCCUCGAGGCCAUUGCUCCUGUCAACCCAUCAAGGUCUGAAGGUGGGGAACCAGGCCUCUCCAAGACAGCCAAACGCAACAUGAAGCGGAAGGAGAAGAGGCGGCAGCAGCAAGAGAAAGGGGAGGCAGAGGCCUUGAGCCGGACUCUGGAAAAGGUGUCCCUGGGAGAGACAGCUCAACUCCCCAGUGCUCCACAGGGCUCCCGGGCAGCUCCUACAGCUGCCUCUGACCAGCCUGACCCGGCUGCUAUCACUGAGAAGGCUAAGAAGAUAAAGAACCUAAAGAAGAAGCUUCGGCAGGUGGAAGAGUUGCAGCAACGGAUCCAGGCUGGAGAAGUCAGCCAGCCCAGCAAAGAGCAGCUGGAAAAGCUAGCAAGGAGGAGGGUGCUGGAGGAGGAGCUCGAGGACUUGGAGCUCGGCCUGUGAGGCCUUUGGGGAAUUGGGAAUGGACUAAAACAAACCAUGGGGCUUUCUGGGGUCCUGGGGAACAUGGCAGCAGCAGUCAGGAGGGGUACCCCCCCAUACUGGCUCACUUCCAUCUCUCAUGGCCCAACUCUGUCCUCCAGAGCCUAGCCUCUCCCUCAUUCCUUCCCUUUUCUUCCAAACUCCUAUUUUUUAGACGUUUCCCCUUCCCAUUCCCAGUGUUCAAAAAUCUCAGUGACUCCCCCAGGCUCCUUUGCUGCUGAUUUGGGUGUCUUAUUCAAAAGAAAAUUGGGUGGGUGGGACUCUCGGGAACUGAGGUUGAGGGUAGGGGGAGUAUGCCCAAGUCUUGGAGUCUUGAUUCCUGUUCACAGUGUUUAUGGGUUAUUUCCCCCUCAAUACCUGACCUCUUUUUUUUUUUUUUUUUUUUUUUUUUU